ACCCGAAUGAAAAUUCAAUAAUGCUUGCAAUAAAAGAAAUAAGGUAAGAUGAAGCGUUUGGCAACUUGGCAACCAUGGCGAAAGGCGGGAGACAGUCGCCACAACAGCACUCAGCCCCGCGCGGUUGCACUCUUCAAUUCUACCAGUAGUGUAGAAGAGGAGUUUUCGCUCGUGGCACCUUCGCUGCACUCGGCCUGAAAAUGGCGGACUGCCCUCCACCCUACACCAAGCUGAUAGACGAGACGUCCGAGGAAGGAGACAUGACGGACACCCCUGAGAAAAAUCCCGAAGCGGGCCGGGCAGCGCCCCCGCCCUACCCCGCCAUGGACUACGGCUUCAGCCAGAUGAACCCCGCGGCGCUUCAGCACAACCCCCACGUCCCUCAGCCAGCCCCCUCGCCCAUGGUGAUGGCUCCUCCAGCGGCGCCUCAGCAGACGGUGGUGAUGGUGGGCUCGCAAGCUCUCCCGCCCGGCGUCUGCACCGUCUGCAGGGUGGGCAAGAUCAAAGAUACCGCAUCGUGCUGCACUUGGUUCUGGUGCUGCAUAUUGCUUCCGCUCGGCCUGAUCCCCGGCAUCAUCGCCUUCUGCUGCUGCUGCCGCCACCCUAAGUGCACCCACUGCGGAUACACCGUUGACUAGCUGCCGUUGCUGUUGGGCGCGGGGCUCCGGACGGCUGGGCGGCCGCCGCGCCUCCGGACUGCCUCGGGGCACGGGGGCGGUGCACUCUGGCUUCAGGACAAACGAUCAAGACUAAUAUACUUACAUAAUCAUUCUGGGAAAGUGUGUCAGGCAUAUAAGGCUUGAUUUUUUCUCUCUCUUUUUUUUUUUUUACAUUUAUCAUGUGACCAAAUAAUGCAAUGAUCAAGGUAGUGCUUCACUUGAAGUUUGUUUUGGUGUUAAUAACAAUAAUAAUAAAUAUAUUUACUUAUGAAUCACUUCAGUUUUAUUCGAAUUAAAAUAAUUAUUUUUUGUGAAAUUAAAUUUGUUUUGAAACUUUGGCAGUGUUGAUCGCUGUAAUUCCGCGUCCUCGAUCACUGCGUUAUAAAGCGAGGAAUCAGAUUCUGGUUCUUAUAUUCUGGUAUACUCACUCGCACACGCACACUCACACUUUUACGUUUACACAUCUUGAUACAUGUAUGUGUGACUCGACCUAAACAUCACCGUCGUCAAGUUCCGGAUAAUGUAGCUUGGCCAUUCUCAUCAGCCAUUGCGUGAGAAAGGUGUGAGGGAAACCACGAGGACAAGGCAGAGACAAAGAAGCAGUUGCUUGCUCUUGUUGCCAUCCAACGUAGGUGAAGACCUGCCGUUUGUUCAGCUGAACUUCCGUGCAAACAAUUUGCACAGCCAAAGAUUUCAGUUGCAUCAAUAAACAGCUGCUAUCCACUGCCCUGUUGCCAACACACACACACACACACACACACACACACACACACACACACACACACACACACACACACACACACACACACACACACACACACACACAAAAUAAUAAAUAGAUAAAUAAAUCUCAAACCUGGAAAUGUCCUGGAAAUGCAUGAUUCCUUAAGUUGGGUAAUUGCAGUCCAAACUAUAACUGUGUAAUCCUGUGGCUGUAAAUACCAAUUUUAUUAUUUGAUUUUUAUACUCGGUCUCAUUUAUAUAUUCAUGUAGUUUCCUUUGUUUUAGUAUUUUUAGUCCGUUUGUGACACACACCCUUCUAAACGAUGUACCUGUGUGCAUUCCUUGUGUUAACACUGACGGUAAAGACAAACGUCUCUGGAAUGCUCGUAAAAUAAAGUUAUUCUCCAGAAU